UCUACGUUCUGGUGGAGGCAAGUGGUACAGUCUGCAAUUAUUGUCACCAGCUUCAAUCGGAAUCACUCCGCACUUCCGAGGUGCGUCCAAAUUGAGGCAUUCAAUCCUGCAUUGGAAGCACUGGCACGUCCGCAACGAGCUGAGCCGAGCUGGAAAUGUCGGCCCAAGACCUUUUGUCGAGUACAAGACUUCCCCUCCGUGCGAUUCGUGCAGAGCAAUCACCUUGCGUCGACAUGUCCGGACUCCAAGUUCCCGAAGGAAAGGCGAAGAGGCUCCAAAUGAUCCACAAAAGGCCGUCCCCUCCUUUCCACUUUCUAGCUAGGAGCUGCUACCAGCAAUUCUUCACCCCGAUUUGUCUCAUCUACACGGACUCGUCCCAUUCUAUUCAUUCGGCGGCGUUACGGAGUGUGAGCUCGAGGAGCACGCUCCCUCGCUACGACGGUAGGGCUGCCGAUCGUCCUAAUGGCCUCGAGCAUUACGUGCCAAGGGCGCGGCGGCGCUGAGCUGUCCGGCACCGGGGCUUCACGUCAGCACGGAGCGCGAGAACAGAACCACUUUCGGAUGCUGGCGCUUCUCGUCUCCGUGGGAAUGCGUGGCGUCCGGAAGCCGACCUGGCAUCGGCCUCGGCCAGCGAACUCGCUGGCUCCUUCAGAUGGACGUCCGCGAUGGUUUUACGGUUAGCGCAGCGACGGGCGCCAUCAUUCCUUCCGUCGUGCGCUCCCGGCGACGGACCCCGCGGCAGUAAGUGCCGGGCCUGACGCGGCGGACCGGCAAGCACCUCCCGGCGGGACGCUGGCGCCAGACGGCCUAAUUCUUGAGGCGCGAGGUGCCGACGGGAGCUGGACCGACCGGCGCUGCGACGCCGGUGCCGAUUUCUGUUGCUUCGGUUGGCAGGCAAUGCGACGAUCCCCGUUCGUUGGACAGGUUUCCCGUUGCCCGUCCUCUAACGAGAAAUCGCCUGCAGGGCUGCUGCAGUUUGCUGCUGCUGCUGCGGCUGCGGGUGGAGCUCGGACGGACAGCUUCGUCGAGCGAGGGAGGAGGGUUGCUGGUGGUCGUCAUGGCGCGGCCGAAUGCGGGGACGCAAUUUCUUAGCCCGUGCCGUUGCGAGUGCGGGCGUGGGCCGAGGAGGUGAUCGUCGUGCUCCGGGCGAUGGUGGUGGUGGUGGUGGUGGAGGAGGAGGAUGCGUGGAAGAUGGAGCUGAGGAGAGCUUUUCGCUGCAGAGAAGCUGAUUCGUGGUGCUUCCGACAGGGUUCGAGUAGCACGACGAGGACGAGGGAUUAUUUUUAAAGAUUGGUGCGAGGAUUCGGGUGAUGGAUCGAUGGUGCGAAUGAGGUUCGGAGGAGGAGGAGGAGGAGGAGGGCGAUUCGGAUUUUUUAUUUGACAUCGGGCGAGGUGGAAUGGGCUGGAUGAGUGGAAUUCGCGUCAGGGAUUGGAUUCCGCGCUGCCACAUUGCAGUGCCGGUCUUGUUCUGCGGGCUGUCGCUCUUGUGGGUGUUCGAUCAGACGUAUCUGCACUCGGGCAUCUCGGCGCACGAGUACCUGUACGCGGCGCUGCUGCCCACGUCCGAGGCCAUCCAGCAGGCGAACGCGCGGGGCUCGGUGCCCAAAAAUUGCGACAUCUUCUCGGGCCAGUGGGUGUACGACGAGGACCUGCCUUUGUACGAUGGAUGCAAGUUUGCCGAGAGGGGUUUUGCGUGCCAGAGGAAUGGGCGCCACGACCUACGGUACCAGAAGUGGAGAUGGCAGCCCCACGAUUGCGUGCUUCCGAGAUUCGAUGCCUCCGACAUGUUGAACCGGUUGAAUGGAUCGCGAGUGGUGUUCGUGGGCGACUCGAUGGGCCGCACGCAGUGGGAGUCGCUGAGUUGCCUCUUGCUGCAGGCGGUGGCGGAUCAGAGCUCCGUGAAAUUGAUCGGCGGCCCCAUCACCAAAACCACUCCCUUCAUGCGAGUGCGCUUCGCGGCGCACAAUCUCUCGCUCGAUUACUACCGGAGCCCGUUCCUGGUGGAUGGCGGUCGGGACGUCCCUCCUCGAUCUCCGAAACGGGUUCGCUCGACGCUCAAGCUCGAGCGCAUGGGGCACGUCGCCAGGAAUUGGCACAAGGCCGACCUUCUGGUGAUGAACACCGGCCACUGGUGGAACUCCGAGAAGACUUAUGAUCUGGGCUGCUACUUCGAGAUCGGCAAGCAGUUGAUGGUGGGCAUGAAGGUGGAGGCCGCGUUCAGGAAAGCUCUGGCCACCGUGACGUCGUGGGUCAAUAACCACGUCGAUUUCAACCGAACGCAGGUUUUCUUCCGCACCAUCGAGCCCUCUCACUGGACCAUGGCCUUCAGCCAACUGCCCGUCAAUUCGUCCACAUCGCGCAUGGUCUACCCCAAAGCCCUUUACCUGGCGGAGGCUGUGAGGCAGGCGGGCGCUUCCGCAAUGCUGCUCAACAUCACUACUCUCUCCUCUUACCGGCCCGACGGCCACGUCUUCAACUACACCAGAAGCCCCGUGCUGGAUUGCGCCCACUGGUGCUUACCGGGAGUUCCCGAUACAUGGAACGAGCUCAUGUACUUCUCGCUGCGGAUCAAAGGCCGAGGGGUUUGGGCUUAGCAUAAUUCACUCACCGCUGCUUCGAUGCAAUCUCCGAAGCUCGAGGUGCCGCCUCCCUUAUGAAUGAAUGGGAGAACGCCUUCAUGGAGAAGUGAUCGUCGGCCGUCACUCAUGACCGAAGUCCUGAAAUUAGUGGACUGUCACCAGUACGAAGUGGAGUUUAGCUCUGCAUCCGGAGUCUUCUGCUGGAAAAGCUGGAGGAUGAUAAUUCGCCUCCGGCAGGCAAGAACAUCUAUGACUCGUUGGAAAUGAGCAGCACACGAAAGUUGUGUCGUCAGGAAGGCUCGUUGGGCCCGGUCAUGCCACGACAUGAAUGACACCGAGCUCAAGGGAGCAUGAAAUGAGGAGGUCUGGGAACCGAAUGAAGAUUCGUCUCCUCGGGGCUUCAUCGAGAAGCUCUGUGGUUCGAGAGAGGCAAGGGUGAAGAAGUAGGAGAUAGCAGGCCUAGCUUGCUUCCCACGACAGCACCUGUCGGAACAUAAAAUACUGGUUUCUGAGAACCUCCUCACUGCUAACCACAGUCACUGCCCGAAGGGUGGAGGAUGUGGAAUGGGGAAGUAUACAGCAGAGUGAUGAUCUGCUCCUCGCCGAGAUCUGGGACAGACUCUCUGCCAGGAGGUUAUGUCUUAUGAGGAGGACUGGCCUAUAGAGUGGGAGGUUUGGUCCUCACGUUAGUUAGUUCGGGAAUGCAUCGGCUCGAUGAAAAUCAGAUGUUUAGCUUUAGGCAUGUCGAAAAUUUUGUAAUCUCUGCCUUUUUUGUACAGCAGCAGCUCGGCAAAGUGCAAUCGUCGUGGCAAGAGGAACACUUCCAAUGCGAGUGCUCACUCACUAGCCUCCGACACGGAACCGAUUGGUGAUGAAUCGUGAGCCGCAGCUCGUUUAGUGAUUGUGCAUGCUCAGGACUCCAUAACGUCCGAACAUGUGCAACAGGACAGCUAAUGGCUUCUUGGAAUAAACAAAAGAGUUUCAGCUGGAUAUUCUCGUCUUGUUCCUCUCGUGCAGUUUAUAUCGUGAUGUGAGUGCACCGUGAGGCAUUCCGAUCCAAUUUACUAUCCUGUGUUCAAUGGUCCAGCUCGUAGCAGGGAACUCGUUUGGAGAAAUGCCAUACCACACUUCACAGGCUUCAAGAGAAAGCAAAGUACCGUCUCUUCGGUUCAGCCAUGGACAGAAUGCUCCACUCGCAGAAGCAAUACCGUUUCAACGUAGCAGGGCAUAGAAAGAGAAACGGAAUUGCAAGGGCACUCACGAGAUAGGGCUCUAGAGAGUCUCAAUUUUGCAGACACUGUCUGAGAAGUCGGAUGCCGAAUAAAUACGUACCUCCAGAGCACAGUACUUUCUACCGAGAACUGUCUAGUGGUAAACAGCAACUCACAUUCGCUCGAGCAGAAUUAAAUCUUCCAUCUUCACAACGAUGAGUUUCUUCGGGCGUUCUUGGUACAAGGAUUUCGUCGGAGUUUGACUUUCCUCUCGUCUUCUGCCAAUAAAAGGGCCUGAAGUUUUUGUCACCGUU